CUAUCUAAUGUCAGAUACAUCAAUUCCGUCAUACAAAAAUAGUAUCAAGAUGAAAGUUAUUUUUAAUAUUUCUUUUAAAAAUUGAUUUAUUAAACAUUCAUUCUCACUAUUUUUAGAAUGCAAUAUUUAAUUCCAAAUGAAGCGUAUUACUUUUGAGUUAUUUUUUACAUUGUGAACAUCUGUGUCUAAAAAAGUACAUAAAUUAUGAUUUUACUAAUGCAAACAUUACGAUUAUCUCAAAUAGGAAGCAAGGUAAAUCUGAGUGCUACCAUAGGGGGGCCUGCUGUCAUCGAGCAUGGUGCACCUCGAGAUGACAGGUGCUCAGUUAAACAGCAACACUCUUACCAUAAAUGACCUACCAAAUGAAAUACUGAUAUAUAUUUUUUCCAUGAUUGACUUUGAGUCACUUUUAGCCAUUGCUAAAGUCUGCAUGAGGUGGCAGCAACUGUGCCUCACACCAUGCGUCUGGGACAACACACGGCUUAUAGUCUGUAUGAAGAAUUAUGUCAGGAUUAGUGAAAGUAUUGUGCCUUUUGUUGCUAAGUAUUUAAAAAAUGUUAAAUUACAGUAUUUCAAGUUGUAUUCUCAAGUUAGAUCUUCCCUAAUAAGUUACUGCCCUAAUUUGACCCAUUUAGAAAUCAGUAUUUCUCAAGUUGAUAGUUGUAUUUUUGAAGAUCUGGGACACUGGCCUAAUUUAAAAUUCUUGAGUUUUCGUAACUCUUUGAUUGUUCAGAAUCCAGAAAAUGCUAAUGGAAAUUUUGUAUACCAUCUACCAUUUGAAAAAUUGAAAAAUUUAGAAACAUUGGUAUUAUCAAAUUUUGCAUUGACACAAAGUAGUCUGUAUAGCAUGUUGCAGUGUACAAAUUUAGUGAGUAUUAGCAUGGAGAAAAUGAAAAAUAUUCCAGCUGAUUUUCUAGAAUCCUUAUUGAGAACCAAACAGUCCUCAUUGAGGGCUUUGCAUAUUUAUGGGGACACAUUAAAUGAUGAUAUUAUAAGGUAUAUAUCGAACUGCAAAUUUCUACAGGUGCUACAUAUAAUGACUUGUAAAACUUUAUUCGAUUCAAGUUUAUUACACUUGUAUAGAUUGAAAAAUUUACAUUCUCUGAAACUUCGUCAUGGGUAUUUCUCUACAAGUGCUUUACUUGCAUAUUUCUCAAAUAACACUUUUCAAAAUCUAACAUACUUGAGCCUGUCCAGGUGUUUGCAUGUUACUAUGCAGGUUGCUAAAGUAAUAAAGACUAGUGCACCAAAUCUUCAAGAACUCUCAUUUUAUCUCUGCCCGUUCAUUAUAGCCCCAGACUUUAACAGAUCUGAGUUAGAAAAAAUGUUUGAUAUACAAUUAUUACUUGAUUGAAAUGAAAUUAAAUGAAUUAUGAUGUUUUUUUAAUGAGAAGCAGCUUAGAUAUCCGUCCGCCAUUUAUAUUGUAACAGUACUUGGAAUAAUUGUCUUCAAAACAAUACUGUUUAAAUAUAGUCAAUUAAUAUACACUUUAUGUACACACAUGUUAUUCAGCAUUACAUUAGACAAAAAAUUAGCUGAACUGUUUUAUGUGUAAGAUUGUCAUGAAUUGGUGCUUGAGGUCAGAAGUAAAUUGUACAUUUAUUGAAGAAAAUCCUAAUUUAAAUACAUAAACAUCCCAAUUAUACAUUUUUCUUACUAGACAUUCAAUCAUGAUGAUCUUUGAUGUAGUGAAAUGUAAAAAUUAUGUGACUCUCCAUGACAAAAGGUAUUAUAAAUAUCGAUGAAUUUAAAUAUUAUUAAUUAUAGUUUAUAGGUUGUGUUGUGAAUGUGUCAACUAAUAAUUUAAUUUGCAACAAUAAUAGUAUUUACAGUAUUUAGGAUCAGUAUUUUUUAAUGUUAGAAUACAUUUUACGCUCUGGAGAGAUAGGUACUUAAAGUACCAACUUAUUACAGAUGUUAUUGUAUUUACAUAUUGUUAAUUUAUACAUAUUCUGUAUUCUAAUAAGUUUCCUCAACUACCUUGGUGGAGACAGUAUGAAAUUUAUUUUUAUUUAUUAUCUAUAUAUACAAAAAUCUACAUAAAGUUGAUUUUCAAAGCUGUAGUAGUGUCAACAAUGACGAGUAGUCACUCAGGAUUUCAGGAUUAUAAUAUUAUGUGGUUGGUAAAGAUUGUCGUUAUUGUUUUAUAUACGUAUAAUGUUAAAGUUAAAGCCUUUGUAAAUCUCAUUAUUUUUAAGCAGCCAAUACACAUGAGCUAGUAAUCUUAGCUUCUCUAGUUUAAAGAAAGGGUGAACAGUGAAUAUUAUCAAAUUCGAAAUUUGACAGGCUUAAAGUAACUAAAGUAGUACUUAUCUAAACCACAACCAUACCAUUAGUAGCCUAAUUGAUGUAGUACUGUUUAUUAAAAUAUUUGAUAAUGGGUAGAGACCUUACUCAUAUAAAAAUCAUAUGAAGAUAUGCACGUACAAAUAUGUAUCGCGUAGCAUACGAAACUUGGUUAUUUCUUUUCUGUUUGCCAAUGUUAAAACAUAGUCAAUUAAAAUGGAAGUGCCUUAACAAUAAUGAUUUUGGAUGUUGAAAUAUAUCAUAUAGUAUAUAUAAAUUACUAUUGUAAAUAAUUUCUUGUUAUCAAUUUAAAAUGUUUGGCAAAAUGUAGCUAGUAAACAUUAUAAGUAUCUUUAUGACGUGAUAAACAAUUAAAUAUUGUUCACUUGUUCUAGUUAGAACGUCAUUCUACUUAAUAUUAGGUAGGUAUAUGCAUAUAAAAUAAAUGUGAUUAAUAGUCCACUAUUAUAAUUGUUUGUGCUCUUUUUUUUUAUGAAACACUCAAUAAAUUUUUUCAGCAACAUAUUUUAUAUAUUUAUUAA